AUGCAUGCUUCUAUCCCCGUUAUAUUGCUCGUGGCUUCCAGUCUACCAUCUGCUAUGGCGGGUAAGUGCUCCGCCGUCGGUUGGAUUAGCAACAACCACAUCUGGGGAGGGCCAGAUGGCAGUCCCUCUGCUGCUACCAGUGGUGUGAGACUCUAUGAUCCUGAUGGAAAUGACAUUGGCGAUUACGAUGGUGAUGAUCCAUCCUGUAGCGAUCUGCUCACAUGGAGGUCUGCUUAUUUGGACGACACAUUCUCGUGGGGUGCUACUUGCAACAUGAACGGUUUCACGUAA